UUGUGGCUGGCUUUACGAAACGGCACAGUGAAGUAUAACAAGUAUUUAAAAAAAUAUAGGACUGAAUUCAAAGACGAAUAACUUCAGAAAUGGCUCUAGAAACAUCGACAUGGUUAAACAAAUGCUUCAUAGAGAAAAUUCUGCGAAAGUCGGAAAACGACAAUUCGAUUCAGGUGAUUGACAUAUUUUCAAAACCGGCCACAAUGAAGGGCGACAACUAUCUCAGCGACAUGAUUAGGAUUACUGUCGAAUUUUCACGCGGCUCUACGAUCAAAGAGAAAAAAUCAAUUGUUAUCAAAAUCUCGCCUGUACUUGAAAGUGUUCGACAGAAACUGGUCAUAGAAAUGGACGUCUUCCAUAUCGAGAUGUUGAUGAUGUCAAAUACUCUGGAUAAAAUGAAUAAGUUGUUAGGACCGAAGCACCGCUUGAGCGCGAAGAUUCUCUACGUGCAAAAUAAAAAUCCAACGCUUCUGGUGAUCGAAGAUCUCGCAUCUCUCGGUUUUCGUAUGGCUGAUCGUUUGUCUGGUCUUGACCUAGAUCAUUCCAUAUUGGCGAUUCGCGGUCUUGCCAGGUUUCACGCAACUUCCGUAGCCUUAUGUGAGAAGGAACCAAAGCAAAAAGAAAUGUAUUUGAAAGGAAUAAUUAAUAGCCAGCAUCCGCCAGAAAUGAAAGAUAUUUUCAUUAAGAGUACUAAAGCUUUAGCAGACGAGAUUGUGAAUUGGCCGGAAGUAAAAAAAUACUCGGAAAAAAUUGCUAAACUCUCCGAUCACAUAUAUCAAAUAGGAGUGAAUGCAUUCAAGGUCUGUGAAGACGAAUUUAAUGUUAUUAAUCAUGGUGAUUGUCACGUGAAUAAUAUGUUGUUCAGAUAUGACAAUAAUGGCAAGCCUACUGAUCAGAUUUUUGUAGACUUCCAAUUAUGCGUCUACGCAUCGCCGGCACUCGAUCUUCUCUACUUUCUCAAUUCAAGUAUUUCCUUCGAUGUCAUUGAAAACAAGAGAGAUAUUCUAUUAAAUGAAUAUCUUUGCACCUUGUCAAAGAUUAUGAAGCAGUUGAACUGCAAGACACAGCCGCCCACCAUGAAGGAACUAAAGGCUGCUCUAAAACGAAAAGCUGGCUAUGGAAUGAUGACAUCUUUUACCGCUUUACAAUUUAUGCUAUGCCAUAAAACUGAGGCUAAAGAUUUAGAUGAAGUGUUAGGCACUGGUACUUAUGUAAAUCCAGGUUUAAAAAGUGAGACUUAUAAAAAAAUAUUGAUAAAAAGACUGCCACUGUAUGACGAGUGGGGUUUACUGGAUCUUUAAUGUAUACACUUCUAUUUAAUAAUAGAAAAUUAAAAUAGGAAAAGAAUAUAAAUCUAGGAAAUAAAGAUAUUAGAUGCAAAUAGUUAUAACAAGUACAUUAAAGUUAAUAGAAGCAGAAUUAUGUUAAUGUACUUUUUUAAAAAAGAACUUUUUUAAAAUAUACAG